GGAGCACUGUUGUCUGAUCAAGUUGAAUCGAUACGGACAUAGUGUUACGACAUGGCACCAGCAAAGGCGCUGCCGCCCAGCAAGGCAAAGACGCCCGCCGAGAAGUGGAAAGCGUGGCUAGCAUCUGAAUAUAACGAUGAGCAGAAGUUCAAGGCCAACCUUGCGCUCUUGAGGGCAUUGGGAUUAUUUUCAGCAUCAGCGUUCGUCAUCAUCAACUUUGGAGACGCGUUCUCCGUCUAGACGCAGUCUGCAGCAGCAGAAUUGGCUCCGUGCUACUCUGAUGUGAACCCACAGCAGACUGAGUAUGCUGCUGACCACUGGGGACCGUCGCUGCAUCCGUUGAAGUUGUCACACAUCAAGGAAGUGCUUGUGCAAUGAGCACCAAGGGCAGAUCUUGAUGAUGGAACCCCCUGACCGCCAAGCAGAGGCUGAGUGGCAGCAGAGGCACUUGUGACGGCUUCUACCAUGAAGCACAAAAUGGUAUCCAUCAGAUAUGUCGUGGUGGUGCCGCGGCAUGCUGCGCGGAAGCAUGCGGCAUGAUAGAUGGGAUGAGUUUCCCUUGAUGCAAUGCAUCUUCACGGCUUGAAGUUAGCGCAGUGACUUCAUCUGAAUCCACAGCUGUACUUUGAUAUGUCAAGAGGAAUUUAUUGCUUGAAGUCAGCUUGAUGCUUAUGAGCUUGGUCAUUCUGGGGAGGUUGACCGUGCGAGGACAUAUGUAUGAUUUGUAAAGCUGAUCACCUGCGCU